UACACAUUUCUUCUUCUCAUAUCAAAGUUGUUUCUCUCUAGUUUUUAUUCAUCACUUCACUAUCUACCCUCUGUAGUUCUCAAACCUUUAUUUUCAUCCAGACACUACAAAAUAUAGCCUGUUUUAAAGAAUCCUUGCAAUUCCCUAGCAAAUCGUCAUUUUCUAAUAUUUGCAUUAGUCUCUAGAUCCGAAUGGUUGAAUCAGUUUCAACGAGUACGUCCAUCGAGGAAUACGACGACUCCCUCCACAAGGAGAGAGUGUCUCAGCUUCACAACCCCUACUCAUCGUCCGACUUAGUGAGCCAAGAUAGGAGAGUAGAGCAAACCGAUAAUUCUAAGAAGACCAAAAGGGUUAAAGAUUCCGGUAAACAUCCGGUUUAUCGCGGCGUGAGGAUGAGGAACUGGGGGAAAUGGGUUUCGGAGAUUCGUGAGCCGAGGAAGAAAUCACGUAUCUGGCUAGGAACUUUUCCGACCCCGGAGAUGGCGGCGCGUGCACACGACGUGGCAGCUUUGAGCAUAAAAGGAAGCUCAGCUAUACUGAACUUCCCUGAACUUGUUGAAUCAUUCCCUAGACCCGUCUCCCUAAGCCCUCGAGACAUUCAGACAGCCGCUCUGAAAGCAGCACAGAUGGAACCAACCACGUCGUCGUUUGCGUCUUCAUCUUCUGAUUCUUCGCUUGAGUCCCUUGUGUUGGUGAUGGACCUCACGAGGACUGAGGCAGAGGAGCUAGGAGAGAUCGUGGAGCUGCCAAGUCUCGGUCCAAGUUACGACGUUAACAUUGGAAACGAGUUUGUGUUCUCUGACCCAGUGGACUACUGUUUUUAUCCUCCACCGUGGGGAGAGUUGUCGGAAGAUAGUUACGGUUACAACCAAGUCUUGUCAUGGGAUCUCUAACGAAGUUUUUAAUCAGUUUUUUUUUCCUUUUGUAUCGUCAUUGUCUUGUUUAAUUAAUAACUUCUUUUGAAGCAUUCUUUGUUUUUGAUUUCGUGGUGUAAGGAUUUUUUGGGUGCGUGUGUGAGCUCCAUAAUGAAAUACGUGUACAAAACUAUAUUUGAGUUUGUUUUUUAAAUAUUAAUAUCGGUUUGGUUUUUGAAAAAGAAGUGGAAAAACGUGAUUCUU